UAGAAGAAGACGAGCAGCGCCUGUUACUGUGGUAUGUCUGUACAGUUCCGACCAAAUGAAAUUAUCCAUAUUUAUUUAUUUUAACAACCGCACAUGGUUUAUUCUUCGUGACUAAUCUACAAUAGCGAUUUACAUUAACGAGCACCAUAGCCGUGAUUUUUCUGCCGUGAUGUUUCGAUUACAAAGACUAGCAUAACAAUACGAAUGCUGUGCAGAAAAAGAUGUCUGAAAGAAAGAGAAAACACAGGAAGUCAUCAAGAGAGGAGGAGCCAUCCAAAGAACGAUAUAAGAGUGAAAGGUCCAAUAGGAAGCAAGAUGUAAACAAGCACUCUAGGAGUUCUAGAAAAGAGAGAGAACAUGCAUCACUCCCUGUUAUGGAAACACGCCAAAUCAAAAAGGCUGUAUAUAAGAAACACAUAUCUAAGACAGACGAGGCCCAUUCAAAGACAAAAAAUACCUCUACACCGAUUCACAAUGAUUGCUCCGGUAAAGCGGAACCUAUUAUUUCAGGGAAAGAUAAAGUUGCAAGCAGGAGUCAAGUAAAAGAAAGCAAUGUAGACACGGAUGAAAAGAAAAGAAAAGAAAAAACAGACUCAAAGCGUAGUUCAGAUGAAAAACCUCCCCACAUGAGCCCACCAAGAUCAAAAAAGAAGCGAACCAGUCCCGGUGUUUCAGAAGAGAAAACGAAAAACUGUUUGGAAUUGCUGAAGAGUAAAUGUAAAUAUAUGGAACUAUAUAAGACUGCAGUAAACCGCACAACAAAAGAUGCCAAGGAACCAAGCAAGGACAAGGAAACAGAAGUGAAAAAAGGUGUAAAAACAUCCACUGACUCCACCAGUCAAACGUCUUCUAUUCCAACCAUACCUAAAGUGUCCUUUAAAAUUUCAAAUACAUCAAACGCUCGGACAAAAUUAACACAUGUACAUUCAACCUUUAAGAUACCAAAGAAGGUUCAACCAACACUAGUGAAUACAAACGUGGAUGAGACAAGUGAUGCUACCUCUACCAGUCGAACUGACCCAUGUAGGACUGAACUCUCUAUCUCGGAAACCUCGACAAAGAACCUGAAACAGGCUCCAUGCUUUGUGGAUGUUCCUCCAAGUUUUACAUUUGACAGCAAGGACGAGAGUCCAUCUUUGUCAAGUGUUCCGAUAAAUAAAAGCGAUGCCAUCGCUCAGCAGCAGAGUAACCAGAUGCAAGUGGCGGAAGAGCUUCACCUUGCCCGGUCUGAGAGGAGAUUGGAGGUGGAUGUAUUGCAGAGCUAUGGAGAGCUCACCGGAAUGGACAUAGACCCGCCAGAAGAGAGCACGACAUAUACUCUAUGCAAACAACCUGCUCAGCAAGAUGUCAUCCUUGUUCUGGACACCAACAUUCUCCUCAGUCACUUGGAUUAUGUGAAAAAGAUGAGAUAUCAUAGCUUUGGAGCUUUGGGUUUACCAAUUGUCCUGAUUCCCUGGGUGGUCCUUCAGGAGCUGGAUUCCCUAAAAAAGGGCAAAGGUCUCACAGGAUCUGUGGCCCAUUUGGCUUGUCCCGCCAUUUCCUACAUUUACAACUCCCUGAAAAGCAAAGAACGACACCUUUGGGGCCAGUCAAUGCAGCAGGCUGCUGAAAGUAACAGUAGUAUGAUGGCUGAGAAUAACGAUGACAAAGUGCUGCAGUGCUGCCUACAGUACCAGACUCUGUACCCAGGCAGUGCUCUCAUCCUCUGCACAAAUGAUAAAAAUCUAUGCAGUAAGGCCGUCCUAAGUGGCGUCAAGGCCCUGAGUAAGACCGACCUGGAGGCGGAGGUUGAGCGAUCAAGACACGACCUUAACCACCUACCGAGCACCGUACUACAGGAGGCUCCUCAAAUUGACCUCCGGGUGUCCUCGCCAAUGUCGGGAAUCAGCUGUACACCAACACUCCCUCAUACUCAAGAAAGAAGAAGUCUUUCGUCAAGUCUUCCAGAGAAAGUUGGCAAAACGCGGAGCCUGGAAGAAGAAGAUUUGGAGAAAAUAAACAGAUGUGUUUCUGAGUUUGAAGACUGCCUGAAGGAGGUGCUGUCCGAUGUGCUGGAAAAGGAGAUGAAAGCUGCUUUUAAUGAGUUGUGGCAAGAGAUUGUAUACCUGAAGCCACCCUGGACUUUUCUAGACGUCCUACAUUGUUUUAAAAAGCACUGGAGGGCUGUAUUUGGCUUCAUCGUCCCACGGCCAAAACUGCAAACGGUUUUAAAUCUCAUUGACUUCUUUAAACGAGGGCAAUCAAGGGACCGUAGUUCAACACUGAUGACACUCCAAGAAGCUAAGGAGUUUGUGCAGGAAUUUCGGAAAAGUUCAAGCCUUGUGUCCAGAGGCCUUACUACAAUCGACAAUAUUGUACACAAGCUACAACAUAAGGUUGAAUCGGUACCGGAUACAUCACUGGUCAGUGAUGUUGUCAUGAAUGAGGAUGAGGAUGCCAAACAAUCCUCUGUAUCUCAUGUCACUCACCAAGAAGUCUGGGCCCUGUUUGAAAACAUCUGGUGUAAAGUUUAUCAAAUAAGCUUGGAAGUGUUCAAAGCUUUGGCCUUUGACCCUCACACCAGACAGAGUUCUUUGCCAGUAGGAGGUCGUCCGCCGCCACAGGACGCCGUGGCGUAUCUGAGCCAAAUGUGCUCCAUGGUCUCACAGCUGCUUCAAGCCUUUAUCAGUGUUCUGACCUCAUCUCCUGGUUUACAUGAAGUGCAGGUGCUUCUCUGCAUUAUCAAAUCCAAUAAGAUUGUUGAUGUGGAUUGCAGGCUGACAGACACAGACCUACUGGAUUGUUUCUCACAGCAAGACUACAGGGAGAAGCUGCGAGUCGGAGUGAACCAGUUAACAGAGCUCAAGGAGGUCCUGGACCAUUGUCUUCACGCCACAGGUCAACUCAUCACUGUUAAUAUGUAGCCACCAUCUGACCAGUGGUCACGGUUGACUGCCAUCACCGCUUCUCAUUUCGUACUCCGGCGACAAGGAGCCUAAAUCCUGUCAACCAUCAACCCAAGUAUGGAGCUCAUCCAGCCAUCCAUCAUCUGUACCACUUAUCCUGUUUGAGACCACAAGGAAGGUGGAGCCUAACAGAGUUGGCACCAACGUUAAGGAGUGGAAGCAAUCAAGGCCAGCCUGAAUUUGCAUUCAAUUAAAGAUUCUUUAUUCUGAAGUAUUCGCUGCUUCAUAAUGAACCGCAGCUCCCCAGCACUGGCAGCUCUCAUGCAAGCAAUAAACAGUUAUGUUGGCACUCACUUGUGCUGACAGCUAUUUAGACAGUAAUUUUCAGUAGCUGCUAAACCUAUACUGCUGUACAAGCUGUACACUGACUACUCUUAAUUGAUAUCCAAGUUUAUUAUUGGCUCUUGAGGUGUGGUCACUUUUCUAUAAAAUGCACUCCAUUAAGGUUUUCACUUAUUUAAUGCACAGAUUAUUUUGCUUUUUGAUAAUCAAUUUCAUACUUUUGGACCAUGUGAAUGUUUUAAUAGUUUACAAAUAUUUUGAAAGUAUUUUAUGUAUUAUGUUUUUACUGUUCCUUUGUGAUAAUGCCGCUGUUGCACAUUGGCUGUAGCUUAAAGCAGCACAGAUAAAUAUAUUUUGAUUAAAAAAUGUACAUUUGAACAAUGACACG